AUGCGUGGGCUAGACACGCCAACAAGAAAUAUCAGACUUCUCCACGUUGGUUGUGGAACCAGCGAAGUGGGCCCCAAGCUAGCGGAGGAACCAGCCCUGUCGUCGCUUCACGUGACGGACAUCGACUCCAGCCCCACGGCCGUGAGGCUAAUGAGGAAGCGCCACGCGACUCUCGGCAACUACGAGUGUCGCGAGGGGGAUGUUCUCAACCUUGAUUUUCCGGCCGGCCGCUUCGAUGCGGUCGUGGACAAGGGGACGCUGGACGCCCUCCUGUGUCGAAGCGCUGAGGACGCCCUAGCUAUGGUGUCUGAGGUGCAUCGGGUUCUCCGCAAGGGAGGCGUGUACGUCCAGAUUUCGGCGGAGGACCCCGAGGCGCGCUUGGAACUGCUCACGGAAUGCGGCAGCAGCUCGGGGCGUGGGCCAUGGUCUCGCUCUAUCUUCAAGGAGCUCGGAGAGAGUAAGGGAUCGACGGCGUACUAUAUGUACGUCCUCGUCAAGUAGUGUGAUUAGUUCGGAUGUGUGUUGCUGUCCGAUUUAGAGGGGAAGGACUCAUAGCCCGCGCAUAUGCUUUCGUGUUUAGUCGUUUUUGGGUCUGCAUGAGGACAUACAUGCCUACAGCGAUCUUGGGAGCUGCGAAGUGCCUGCCAUUCCGGCAGUCAACUUUCCUUUCCUUUCCUUUCCUUUCCUUUCCUUUCCGACUUUGGUUUGUGGAAACCCCGAGGAUAUCCGACGAAGCACGUUCGUGUAUGUAGUACUGCUGGCUGUA